AUGUCUUAAGCUUAAGAUCAACUUUCAUAAGAAUUUCCACUUAUAGCAUAUUAAGAAGAUAAUGGUUAAAUUGACACAUUUUUUGCUACCUUGAGGAAUCUAGGUUGGAGGUAGGCUUCAACUAAUAUUUAAAAUUAUAAGCUUGCAUCUCAUAAGGAAAUAAUGCUCUUUUUUGUAAGAGUAUAUGCUUUUAUUGGCUGGAAUGCUGUCUACUUUUUAUCUUAUGUCUUUUAUUUUAUUGGUUACAAAGUCAUAGAAUUACAUAAAUAAUGAAAAUAUUGAACUUCAUUAAGGUCUGUAUUUUGGAAGCCUUGCUGUUACAAUAGGAAUAGGGAUGGUAGCAUAUUUUUUUGAUGGAUCUAGAAGAGUAAUAUUUUAAUAAAUUGAAUUAGUUUACAUUAAAUUUGGUAUAUUAUCUUACAUUUACUUUCGGAACAGCAUAUAUAUUAGGGGAUCCUCUAUCAGAGGUUUUAUAUGAAGGUUACUAUGUUGGAGAGGACUGGAUAAUAUUGUUAUAUCUAUUCACAAUGACUUUAGGAACUUAUGCAUGUUUAAUUUUAUUUUCAUUUAGAAGAUAAACUGCAUUAAAUUAAAAUGGUAAUAGUUUUGUCAUAUAUUAAGUAAUAAUACUUUCAAUUAGUGGUAUGAUGAUUUUUUUGUUAUUCAUAUUUAUAAUGACUGCUCCUUAUUAUAUUGGACUAUUGGUUGCAAGUUUUUUUUGCCAUUUAAUCUAUGGAUGUCUUCUUAUUAUUGAUAUGAAAUUAAUAAUAUCAGGAAAAGUAUUAAUACAACUAUGGAAGUUUUCACUUAAGACGAAUUAGUAUGUUUCUGGAGCUCUAUACUUGUACUUAGAUAUUACUGUAAUGGUGCUUUAUUUUAUCGUUUGUAUAAUAUAUGCAAUUCUUAAGGUGAUUGGAUAAAUCUGUAAGGUUUUUUGUAGGUGUUGUUGUGAAUUUUUGUCUCAUGCGAAGUGA